GCCUCAGCGUUUGAGAGAGAAAAUUCUUUUGAAACCGCACUGUACGUGACCGUUUAGGUUCAAGCGUGAGAGUAUGAAUUUCUUGUCGAUAGCAAACGGUGCUAAAAAAAAGGUAAAAGGUAGCUAUGAGCAUCAUUUCAAACAGUUCCUAAGAACAGGAUCUGUUAUACAAGCAGUAGAACACACAAAGGAAAGCAAUCUAUAUAAAGCAAAGUAAUUCAUAACGUCACAUACAUUUCUACUGUGGAGCAGCAAAACGUACCUAUGUUUUUAUUUUAAAAGAGUAAGAUGGCCAGUGCUAUUUAUGGUAGAAAUACAAAAUACUCAACAACUUAGUCAUAUACUUCAAGUACACGGCGGGAUAAACAUAGCUUGUGAAGUGAUAAGGUCGGCAUAGUGUAUUUUGUGAUGUCUUUUUCCUCGUAUUCAUUAUACCUAUAGUAGACGUCGUGUCGACUAUUUAGCAUCAAAAAUGAAUAGUUAAUGGAUACAAAUAUACAAAAAGACCGCCAAGGAAACUUGAAAUCGAGCUUAAUGGGGAUAUCUGCAGAAAAACAGAACCAAAGUGACCGACAUAUGCCGAAGAAUAAGCAAAUUGAAGUGGCAAUGGGCUGGUCACGUAGCUCAAAGAACCGACAACCGAUGGGGAGAAAAUUUUCUUGAUCCUCCACUAGAUGGAGUGACGACCUCAAAUGGAGGGGGAGUCACACGGAGUCAGUGGAUGUAAAUGACUCAGGAUCAUUCCUUAUGGCAGUCUACGGGGGAGGUCUUUGUUAAGCAGUGACCAGAUAAUGGCUAAUAUGAUGAUUGUCACUUGCGCAUGCUCUACCACUAGUAGAUUUUACAAGAAUAUUAAGACAAAAGAAUUAGUUUGUUAGCCAUUCCUGGCUGAUAUGCUUGUGUACAGAUCUUAUGAGAACGGAAAUAUUUAUUUUAAACAGAAACAGAAAUGGCCUACUUGAAGUUGUCAACACAACAAUAACAAAAUUAUAUAAGAUGGCUGGUUCAGCAAAAUUAUUAGUAAGAUGCGGCUGGCCAGUGGCAUCUCAAAUUGAACCUUUGCUGAAGUGUUGUAAUUGUAGUUGGAGACGGAAUUUGUCUUUCCCAUUGCAUACUCACAUAACCCGCACACUUUCAACAAAUUUUAAACUACAACCUCCUCUCCAAUUUCGACAAUUCGAUCCUCAAAGGGAACAAUAUGAUGACCAAAAAUUACUCCAAGACGGAUCGAGGCGAACUUUUAAUUUCCUUAAUGGUUUUCCAAAAACAUUGUUUUUUCGUAAGAGGGAUAAUAAAGAACAAAAGAAACGUGUACCUAAACUUAUACUGGUUCAAAAUCCUUUUACAUGGUUGAUGAUAAAAAUUGACUUUAGCGUAUUAAAAAAUGUUUGGGAUCCCACAUUCAUGGAGAAAGAGUUUAAAUUUGGUACAAAACAGGCUAUAUCACGUGUGACUCAAGUAAUUAGCCAAGGCGAAUAUGGCGAGUUGAAUGGUCUUCUGACAAAACCUGCUCGAUUGAGUUUGUUGCGUGAAUUAGAGCGCAACUGGAACGAGCGUCAGCGAUCCCUGCUGGCAUUACAUAGAAAUGACAUUCAGAUAUCUUCCCCGCGCAAAGUAUAUUUCAUUAGAAUUGCUGAUAAAAAAUUUUGUGAUGUGGACAUGGCGUUCUUGGCACUUAAGUGGACUCCAAUAAAUAGCAUCGAUUCUUUGAUAUUCACAGAAAUAUUUGCCAGAUUUCAUCGUGAAUAUACACCUCACUGUAUCCCAGAAUGGACCAUAGCUUAUUUUAAGGUUACACGAUUUGAAGUGUUACGUCGAUAA